AUGAACGAUUUUAUUCAGUUAACUGGAACAACUCAAGACUAUGGUAUUGUAGAAAAUUUACGAAGCCACGCAAUAAAUUAUAAAAAUAUAAACAAAACUUUAGAAGCUGAGAAAGGAGAAUUGAUUAAACAAGAACAUGCGUUAAGUGCUCAAAAUGAUAAAUUAGAAAAAUAUAUUGAAAAUUUACAACAAAGUUUUGAUCAAGAAAAAAAAAGAAUAGUACAAAGAUGUAAUGAAUCAGACGCUGAACUUAAAGAAUUAAAAAAAAAAUUUAAAGAUGUUAACGAAGAAGCAUCUAGAUAUAAAUCAGCUCUUGGUAAAGGCACCAAUUUACGUUGGGGUGAAGAUGAUUCAGCCCAACUUCAACAAACAAUUUCAGAAUUACAAAAAGCAUUAUCGGAAUUUACUGAUCUUAAAGCUAGAGAUAUUGUAAUUAAUGAAGAAGAAGCUGAUAAGCUUUUAGCAAAUUACAAUUGUGCUGCUGUGUUUAAUAGUAAAACUGGAAAGACAAUAUUGAGUGCAGCUUUACAACGGCUGAUACUUGAUGUAUCAUUUAGUGAGAUAACUGAAUAUUUGGAAAAAUCAAAUUUGACCAAUAGAAAUGAUAAUUUAGAAUCAGAUGUUAACCUAGCUAUGAAAUCCUUAGUAGGUUUGGCACAACGUUUAGCCGAAACACGUGAAGGUGAUGAUGAUAUUGCCAAUAUUACACCAGCGAAAGUGCGUCAACAAGUUUGUACGGUGUUGGGCACAAGAGGAUUUUGUAAGGAGAACCAUACAUUCAUUGAAACUUUAUCUGAUAAGAUAAUUAAUAAUGUUUCUCUUUAUAGACCAUUCAAAUCCAAUGAAAAGGAUCAAAUUAAAGUAACUACAAUGAAUCUGAUCAAGGAUAUUGCGCAUUUAUACUUUCGUUUAAAUGCUCAACAACCUAUACCAAAAUUUAGAGAUUUUUUUAAUGGUGGAAUACAAAUACAAAGUAAUUUUAUGGAAGGUACAUGGGAUGAAAACGAUAUUAAAAAUUUAGAAGUUGAAGUUUGUUCUUUCCCUUUGAUCUAUAGCAAAACUGAUGAUAGUCAAAAAGUAUUACACAAAGCUCAAGUUAUUACUAGACCAAAACUUAAACUUAGAAAAUAG